GCGCCCGCCCCGAUGGCCGUGCCCGUGCCCCAGCAGCCGGCGGCGGCGGCGCAGGCGGCGGGGCAGGCGGCGGGGCAGCCCGGCGAGCUGGGGCACAAGCGCCCCGGCUCCGUCUCCUCCUCCUCUUCCUCCUCGGGUGGCGGCGGCGGCGCGGCGGGGGAGCACGACGGUGGCGCCAAGGAGAAGCGGGGCUCUGCCGAGAGCCUGCCGGGGGCGGCGGCGGCAGAGCUGGCCGCGGAGGGCAAGGGCCGGCCGGGCACCGAGCAGGAGUGGCUUGCCAAGCCCAAGACAGUGCGGGACACGCUGCUGGCCCUGCACCAGCACGGGAGCCACGCGGUGCCCCCCUUCGACAGCAAAUUCAAGAAAGAGCCGGGCAUGGCGGGCGGCAGGCUGCUGGGCUACGAGACCAACGGCUCCGUGGCCAAGCCAGGGGCCCGGGCCGCCCGGAAGAGGAAGCCUUCCCCCGAGCCGGAGGGCGAGGCUGGACCCCCGAAGAUCAACGGGGAGGUGCAGCCCUGGCUGCCCACCUCGUCGGAAGGGAUGAAGCUGCCGCUGACUGCCACCCCCUUCAUGUCGCCCCCGCCGCCCACCGCCUCGCCCCACUCCAACCGGACCACGCCGCCCGAGGCGGCACAGAACGGCCAGUCCCCCAUGGCCGCCCUCAUUCUGGUGGCGGACAAUGCCGGGGGCAACCACGCCUCCAAAGACGCCAACCAGGUCCACUCCACCACGCGGAGGAACAGCAGCAGCCCCCCUUCGCCCUCCGCCAUGAACCAAAGAAGGCUGGGCCCCGGCAGGGAGGUGCCGGGCCAGGGGGCCAACGCGGCGGCGGCGGGCGGGCUGGAGCCCGUCCACCCUGCCAGCCUGCCGGACUCGUCCCUCGCCGCCAGCGUCCCGUUGUGUUGUACCCUCUGCCACGAGCGCCUGGAAGACACCCACUUCGUGCAGUGCCCCUCCGUCCCCUCCCACAAGUUCUGCUUCCCCUGCUCCCGGCAGAGCAUCAAGCAGCAGGGAGCCAGCGGCGAGGUGUAUUGCCCCAGCGGGGAGAAGUGUCCCCUGGUCGGCUCCAACGUCCCGUGGGCCUUCAUGCAAGGGGAGAUCGCCACCAUCCUGGCCGGAGAUGUGAAAGUGAAAAAGGAAAGGGACUCGUGACUCGCCUGCGCUCACCGCCCCACGUCACCUUGAACUCGAACUGCUCGAAUUCUGUAUAUAUCUAUAAAUAUAUAUAUAUAAAUAUAUAUAUAUCUCCAAGACAAGGGAAAUGUAGACUUCAUAAACAUGGCUGUAUAAUUUUGAUUUUUUUGAAUACAUUGUGUUUCUAUAUUUUUUGAAGACAAAAGGUAUGUACUUAUUAUAAAGGCAUUUCUUCUAAUUCUUCAAUUUUUUUCUGUUUUGUUUUUUCUUUUUUUCCCUUUUGUUAUAGCAACUAUUUGUUGUGCUUCCYUGGUGACAGUUACUGUUCAAUGUAGGCUGUGACUUGCGCUGCUUUUUUUAGAGAGCACUUGGCAAACCAGAAAUGCUUCUAGCUGUAUUUGUAUGCACUUGUUUCUUCUAUUUUUUCUUUUCUUUAUUUUUUUUUAAAUGCCAAAUACACUUUCUGACAUUGUAAAGAUUGCCUUACUGUCUGUGAUUUCUUAUUCCUGGCCUCUUGUCCUGUAGAGCUGGUCGCAUGCAGGCUUGGUCUGAAGCGGUUGGGGACAAGAGUGGCUAGCCAAGGCAGGCAUGUCCUUCGCCAUCCCGCUGGCCAGGCGAGCUUAGGGAGCAGGARGCCUUUCUCCCAGAAGCGCGUGGCUUGGGUUGCGAUGGAAGAUCCUCCAGAUCCAGUCCCAGAUUGCUCACUGUUUCUCAAGGGAAGUUGCCACCAAAGUAGGAUGUGGGGAGGUGUCCAAGAGGCGCUGUUGAGUUAGGGAUUUCUGGGUUUGUUUGUUUUUGGUUUGGUGUUUUGGUUUUUUUUUAAUAAGGCAAAGUUGACCGCAGUUCUUGUAAUCAGUUGUAAGAUUACAAAACUGCAUUUAUUCACCAAUUGUUUACCAUAAUGUGGAAUAUUGAUAAAGAACUUAGUUACGCGAUUGGCAAAGCUGCCAAUAUAGAACUGCCAUUUCUGAAGGUCUUCAGUGUCACUUCUGGGGCUUUUGUGUCUUUGGACAAAGCUGGGGAUGUGGGGAAGAGACUUUUUUUUAAAAUUUCAUUUUAAUUUUCAGAUAGUGCAUAUGGAUUUUGAUUUUGCUUAUCAGUCACCUCUAGUGCUGUUGCUAUUGUUACUAUAGCUGACCCGGUAUUUCCAAGUAGUGGCAGGUACGGUGUGGUACAGUGACAGCAGUGACUGAGGCUCUGCCAAAUUGCCCGCGGGCAUAUCAGUGACAGCCCAAAUGUGGGUGGAGGAAACCUGUAAUUUCCUUGUUAUGUGUGCUUGAAACAAACCUACUGCUAUUCUUUGAAAAUGAAAAUAUAAACUGGUUGAAAUGAAAGCAAUUAGGGCUGCACAUAAUGGCCCUGGCCCUGCCUUUUAAGCUACUUUGGAGAACUCUUUUGUAAAGCCACUUCUUUUGAUCACGCUUCUGCAUCACCAGGCAGACUUCUAAAAUCAAUAAAUCAUUGGUUACUAGAAAUAGUUCAAGUCUUAUAGUGAUGUUUUUGUGCUGUUUAUAGUUCAUUGGCAACACUGCAGCUGUACGAGCCCUUCUGUCGAGGUGUUUAUAACUCGGUUAUAUGCGGUUGUUUCUGAGCAAAAGGGUGACGAGGUCGUCCCUUCCCAGGGACCAGCUAAUAAACACUUUCAUUAUCGGAAGAGGAGGAGGGAAAAUCUGUUCAGCCAACUAUAAAAUCAAAGAAUUUUGGGUGCUUUUUAGUCAACUGUUCUUAUUGUGAUAAUGUUCAAACUGCAAUUUAAUGCAGAGUAGAUUUUUUUUUGAAGACUACUUUUUUUAAAAAGAAAGAAAUGGUCAUUAUUAGUAUUUGAAGAUCAGAACUGCACAUGCACAGUAAUUUUCUAUGAAGUGUUUAAUGAGCACACCCACUACAUUGUGUUCCAUACUACAGGUCAAUGUAAUAUUAGAUAAGACUUGCAUGAUAAACAAAUUCAUUGAGUCGAUAUUACGUUUUAAAACUUAUAGUCAAGAUUGGUGUCUUAUGUAAACACAUUUAGCCAAUUUGAAGAAAACGCACAUUAUAUAUAUACCUAUAUAUAUAUACCUAUAUAUAAAAAAUGCCAACUGUAAAGGAUUCUUUGGAACCACUAUGAUCUGUGUAAAUGUGUAUUUAGGCACUUUAUUAAAAAAAAUGGAAUUUGAGCUGAUAGAUGGUAGCAAGUUCUUCAAAGUUGCUUGGCAUAAUACCUUGACAUGGGAUGAAGUUCAUGUUUUCGAUUAAGGUGGUAUCCCUAUGCUUAAAAAAGAAGCAAAAUUGAAUUCUAAAGCCUGCCUAAAAAAGCCCCCCUUUUGUGUCAUCAGGUGUCCCAGCUCUGAGCUUGCAGAGGGUGAGACCUGCUCCUGACAAAGUAUACCCUUGUUUUGGGGCCAAGGGACACUGGUGUGACAGGCGGAGAGGCCCAAAAGGAAGCACACCUUCCUCCUCCUCCUGCCAGCCUCCUGCUUCUGCAGCUUUGGGACUCCUGGACAGGAUAGAAACUCCCCAGCCGCUGAUGCUAGGCAGUGGCCCAGAAACAACAUAGAUGGAAAAGAAAUGGCACAUGGUGGCUAUGCUCACUCAGCUGACUUUCAACCCCCAGCCAAGUCUAAUCUCCAUCAUAAAACUUCAGAACUGCAAAAGAAAAAAAAAAAAAA